CUACUUGUUAAUCGAGUCUAAAGUGGGCAGUUUACGAUUACUUCCUGCCGUGUUAUUGCAGGAAAGUUGAUUCUACCAGACUACAGUGACUAAAAGCAAGUAUGGCUUCAAAUUAUGAUAGGAUAUAGCUGUACGCCUGUAGUUCUGAUGUUUGGACAUUUCUGACGGAUUAGUCAAAAUGUGGAAGAAAGAAAAUCUUCGGAAAAACUUUCUGCGAGUAAAACAGUUAGCAGACCAAAAUCUUGGAAGAUCAGAGAAGUCAGAAGUUUUAUCUGAAGAUUUAUUGGCUAUCGAGAAGAGAGUAGAAACAGUUAAACAAGUUUGUUCGAAUAUCAAUAAAAAACUAGGCUCAAGUUUACAGGCACAAGGAGAAAAUAUAGAAAAACGUUUAAAAAAAUUACCAGAGACAUCUUUAGCUCAUACAUUAAUAGAAUCCUCAACGUUACUAGGUACAGGUACAGAAUCUGUUCUAGGUUUAAUAUGUCAAUUAUGUGGAGAGGCUCAGAAUAUAUUAGCUCGAGAACAGCUCCAGUACGAGAUAAAUGUAGAAAAAGAAGUUUUAGGACCUUUACAAGCCAUAUUUGAUAAUGAUAUACCAGCUAUAAUGAAGGCCAGAAAACAUUUAACAAAAACUACUUUAGAUAUGGAUUCAGCUAAAGGAAGAUUAACAACUGCUGUCAGACAGUCACAUGUACCAGGUACAAAUAUAGCCUCAGCAGCUGCUAAAGCUGAUGUUAUAAAAGAAGAAUAUGAAGAAGCAUCAGCUAAAGUAGAACAUGUCAAGGACAGUCUAGCGGUUGAGAUGUCAAAUUUUAUUGCUAAAGAAACAGAACAUAGUCAAAAACUGUUAGCUUUAGUAGAAGCUCAGGCAGCGUAUCAUAAAAAAGCUUUAGAAGCUAUUCAAGUGGUAAUCCCUAGAAUGCAACAUGCAAUAGAAAAUAAUCCAACCAAGCCAGUGUUUGGUCAUCCAUUAGAAGAACAUCUACGUGUUACUGGUCGUGAUAUAGCUGUAGUUUUAGAAGCUUGUGUUAUGACUUUAUUAUUAACUGGUAUGGAUGAAGAGGGUUUAUUUAGAAUAGGUGGAGCAUCCUCCAAACUAAAGAAAUUAAAAGCCUGUUUUGAUGCUAAUAUUGUAGAUAUGGAAGAGUUUAGACAUGACCCACAUACUGUAGCAGGGGCAUUAAAACAAUAUCUGAGAGAAUUACCGGAACCUUUAUUAACAUAUCAGUUAUAUUCAGAUUUUAUGGAAGCUGCUUCAUUACCAAAAGAUAAACUUCAUCCAGCAUUAAAAAAAGUAGUGGAUACCUUACCGCGUAUUAACUAUAAUAAUUUUAGAUAUUUAAUAAAAUUCUUAGAUAAAUUAGCAAAAAAUAGUGAUAAAAAUAAAAUGAGUGCGGGUAAUAUAGCCAUAGUUAUUGCUCCUAAUCUGCUUUGGUCACCAGGAGAAAAUGCACCUAAUAUGUUAACAACAGGAUCUUUAAGUACCAUAAUAGAUGCUAUUCUUAGUAAUGCUGAUUUUUUCUUCCCUGGAGACCUAGAGUUUGCAAAAACUCUACGAGGAACAGCUCCAGCUAUGUCAACAGAAAAUGUUAAUAUUUCUACACAAGAUAAAACAGACAGUCAAUCAACUCCUCCCAGUGAUAUCAGUCGACAAAGCUCAAUCCGAAAUAGUCGACUUGACUUUUAUAAUAAUCAAGUGCCAUCGCAAAACAGUCGCACAAGUUCACAAAGUAGUUUCCUUGAGGGACGCCAUAAUUCUGGAAGUGCUAGUGAAUCGAGUGAUAUUUUCCUGGACACAAACAUUUUAUGUGACAAUAUUUCAUUGGAUGAAUCACUCUCGGCAGCUGAAGGUGAAAGUUCAUCUCCUCGCAGCAGAAAUCUUUCUAGUGCUCAGACUAAUCACAGCGCUAACCAAUCACCAAUCAGAUAUAAUAACAUUAAUCAUUCACGGACUGGGAGUAGCUCGCCCCGUUCUCGGUCCGUGCCGCCUGCACAAGUUGCCAAAAGUUUCCAUUCUGAUGUCUAUAGUACUGUUACCGCUUUACAGUCGUUAGGCUCCAGUUCAGGUUCAUGGUCAGAUUAUUUUAGCAAAGUUCAGGCGGUUAGGGAUGAAACGUUCCAUCAUACUCCCUCGACUCAAUCCACCGGUGCCAGUAAUCAAGGGAAAGGGGACACAACUCCUCCUAUUCCUCCUUCUGAUACCAGUGUCCAGAAUAGUGGGGAAACCACGGAAGAAAGCAAAGGGGCACCUUCGAACUUAACAUCCAAAAAAGAGUUCGAUUUUUCUAAUGUUGGUGAACACACACCUCCGAGUAUGAGUCCAUCACAAACUCGUGCCGAUCAACGACCAUUAGAAAUAAAUAGUACCCUGGCAAUUCAGUCUAAUAAUCUGUCAGUGUCACCCAGUAUAAAUAGACCUGUAAGUCCAGUCUCACCUGGUAUAGAUGUUAGUUACGGUCAGGAUAAUCAGAGCCCAGAACAAUAUGGCACACAGAAAAGAACGGCCAAGAAACCAGCACCACCCCCUCCCCCUGACAGACCAUACACAGUAGCAGUAACAGCAAGUGUAACUAAACAGAAUACCAAUCCCUAUCAAACGUGGCCCAGACAUCAAGGGGCGCCACUAGCAUCACCAGAAAUUGGAUCAUCAACAGUAGAUAUAGAGGAAGAAACGAUACCAACAAAACCAGCCAUAGUGGACAGACCACACCCUCCUGAUAGACCCACAGGUCCCCCACCAGAUCGACCUAAAGCCCCUCCUCCACUAGCACCUCAUCCACAAGGUCAUAAUCGUUCUGCUUCUACCGGGGCCAUGUUUAUCAAUCAGCAAGCACCCCUACAAGAAUCACCGAAUGGACAAGGUUUGUUUUCAUCACGUGAAAGUCUAGAAAACGAACCACACAUACUAACUUCACCUUCUGAUUCUUCACUCUCUUCCUUUCAAAUUGACAAGCAUGGUAGCUCUAAACGAGCUUCACGGCCCACACCUCCACCACCCCCACCUCCACUAAAUAAAGAAUCCGAAGACACACAUCUUUAAUGUAUUGUUUGUUUUGUUUGGUGUGUUGUUCUACUACAGUUCAGUUUGCUAAUGUUUCACAUUUGAGUUUUAAUGUUGGACUGCAAUCUCUACAAACUAUCUACCUUCUCUUUAUAUUUUACAUUCUAAUUAAAAAUAGGAAAAAAGCCAAAGAUGAUUCUAAGGAACUCUUUUAAGUUUAGAUUAGUAAUUAUUAAAGGAGACAUAACCAGUAUUUUUAGGGAGUAAAAUACUGGUAGUUAAUUCUGUGCAAAUGCUCUUUAGAUCUAUGUACCAUGUGGCUGGUUAGAACAUGUGCCAUAUCUGAUUGUCAAAUAGUGAAGCAAAAUUCAUUAUUUGAGCUUAGUAACCUGGUCUAGGUAAUCAUCUGUUUCAAUAUGUGUCGGCCCUUCUUGUAGUAAUGUAUUACAUACUUUUUUAUAGUCUGUUAUGGCUCCUUUAAUUAAGAAAUAUCCUGUCAGUCAACCUAUCUGUCCACAUGAUAUUUUUAUGUAGGAGAGAAUUUCUUCUUUUAGAAUAAAAUAUUAUGUUAGUAUUUCAUCAGAAGAAAGGAAAUGUGUAUAUAAAAUAUGGAUUAUAAGUAUUAUUAUAGAUUAAUUUGUGCAAUGAAAAUAAAGCAUUUAACAGGUUGAUUUCAAUUUCUAACAAAUUUUGAGUAGGGCCUCUAACAACCUCUAUAGUAUGUGGAAGAAACCAAAAAAAUACCACAUUCAAAUAAACUAUGUAAAACUCCUAAAAUCUAACAAAUGAUGGCACAUGCCAUACCCCACAGUGUCAUAUGCUUAAUUUUUGCGAUAAAAUCUUGAGGUAGAAAAAAAAGUCAUCAUGAAAGUCACAAAAAGAAAAAUGAUCUAGGAUGGGAUUAUAAGAAAUAAUAUUUAAAAGAACUAAUUUCACUAAACAGAUUUUGAAAUCAACCUUUUUAGAAUGUUAAUCAUGUACAUCAGGAAUUCAAUAUAGCUACCCCCAUGUGAUUUUAAGUGUCACUGUUUAUAUUUAUUAUGUAUAUAUAUAUAUAAGAUUUGUUUUAUUGGUGUACAGAUUAUUGUGAUAUCAUAAUAUGUAAAUAUAAUUGCACAGAUUUUAAUUAAAAGAGAAAUUUUAAGAGAAAUUGAACUACAGCAUAGAGUAUAACAAGGUUAUUAAAUAAUAAAAAGAGAUUUUAUCAUAAGAAUAUAAUUAUUAUCAUACUGUGAUUACAACAACGUUGUUGGAUUAAUUGUUUUAUUAUUGAGAGAUCAAUUAUAUUAGGACAUAUUAUUACAAGGUCUAUACAGAGAUAGUUGUUGUUUGUCUUGUAAAAUCAUGUCAGUAAUAAGUAAUAUGCCUUUUUUUACUGCUGUUGAUAUAGAAAAGCUGUGAGAUAUAUAUUAUAGAGUAUACAGUGAUAAUUACACCUAUACGCUGACUUUUGAAAAUUGAGACAUUCAUAUAUAUUCAGAUUUUGCAUUAGAAUUGAUAAUUAAGUCAUAGUGUUAUCUUUGAUUAAUAGAUGGAAGCUUAAGUUAGUUGGGAUUGACAUUUUUCAGUCAGUAAACAAUGUGUGCUUAUAUAUAGGUUACAGCACUGUUUCAAUCGAUAAGUGUUUCUUCAACUUAGGGAAGGAAUUCCAGCUGACCUGUCAGAUCUAUCUCCUCAAGUACCGUGGUAUUGAACUCUUGUAAAUAAUUUUUGUUUAUGAAACUAUAUAUGAUAAUAAGUACACAGCUUAUUUGUAACUUUGUGUUUAAAAGAGUAAAAAGAGGUUUAAGGUUUGGGAAUUGACUGGGAUAGGGUUGUCUCUUAAAUUUGGCAAAUUUAGUUUUCUGUAAAAUUGAUAGAAAUACGUAUUUAGUUAAAAAUAUCUGGUAUUGGAAAGUAAUUGAUUUAAUGCAACUACUUACAUUUUUUGGUCAAUGGUUAAUUUUAACGGUUCAAUCCACACUAAAAUGUAUUCAAGGAUUAUGUACCAUUUAAAACAAAAAAUCAACAGCAGAUAAUUUCCCGACUUAAUUCAAUCUGAUUAAAAAGAGAUCCAUCAAAAGGUGUGACUAGCUUGCUAAUAUUGUCUGCCAAAUGUUUGGAAAUUUUUAAUUCAUCAUAACUUUGAACCACUUUUGGACGUUUAUUCAUUUUAGCGAAUCAACAUUCAUAAUAUUUGGUUUGUUAGGGAUUCAAAAUACCUCAAAUGAUGACCAACAGCUUUAUUUCAAUCUAAAGGUUUCUUUUUUCAAAUAUUAAUUAUAGUAGGCCUUUUCUUUUUCUGAUUUAUUAACUCAAAACCUAUUUGAUGUCAUGUGAUGUGAGAUACUGUUAAAUAGUAUAUUUAUCUAAUUUUUAUUCUCUACUUGUUGUAUUUAGAUAAAGAAGGCAGUAAAAGUGAUGGGGUAAGACAAGAGGCUAUGUAGAUUAACACACAAUUUAGAGCUGAUUGACCAAUUAUUAUACUGGUACAUACAUUCUCUCAUAUUUUCCAGCUUUAUUAUAGCAUUUCUAAUAAAACAAAUCACAGCCAUCAAACAGUUUUAGGAUAGCCAAGCCCCUGUAAUUCUUUGGUGAGAAAAAGAAUAUCCAAAAUAGAUUCUUCUUAAUGCCAGGCAAGAAAAAAAAUUGAUGAUUGCAUUUGAGAACGGAGCAAUUUUGUUCAAAUUCAAAGAGAAGUUACCAUAAAGUAACAAUCUUUCUUGUGUAGUAUGAAACAUACUGAUUUUUCAUCUUUAAUAAGGCAGUUUCUUAAAUUUAGGUUGUUAAUUAAAUUUGAGCCCUGUUUAAGUAUAUAUCGAACUAUAGAAUUUGUACAAAUAAGGAAAUACAAAAUAGAAAUGCUAUAAAUUCAUAUUACUCUGUAUUGCAAUUAUCAUGUACAUUGAAAAAUUUUGUUUCAUUGAAAUGAAAGUUUGGAAGUGUACAUGCAAACAUUCUUUAAAAUAUUCUUUCAAAUGUGAAGGUUUCUAUAAUUAUGAUCAGUAUAUAUAUAGCUGCAUGUAUAUAUAAGCACAAUGCAUAAAUCUAAAAAUAUAUAUAAUUUAUGAUGAAAUACAAAUCAUAAUCCUUCAUUUAUCAUGUCUUAUCUCAUGGUUAAGGUACCAUCAGUCAUUAUAAAUUAAUGUCACAUACAUCAUGGAAUUAGAAUACUGUAGUAAGGUUAAUUCCAUCCAUACAUGUACUAACUCAUUUAGAAAUUGUCUGAAAUAGUUUCGGUGAGAAAAAUUGAUUUACCGGUAUUUAGAAUUGAAUGUUGUAUUAUAUACCCAUUAUUUUAGUAGAAUGAGAGUUGAUUGUCAGUUUUAGUUGACUGUCAGGAAUGGGUUUUGAGAAGAAAAUAAUGUUUCAACCAUGUUAAACCUUAGAUCUAUUAUAAGGUUAAUGGUCCAACCUAUUCUGAACUUGUACAGAUAAAAACAUUUAUAAGUAAAAUAUAAUUAGUCUGUAAAGCAGCAUGAAAGGUGUGUUUGGGAUGACUGAUUAAAGUUUUAUAUUUCUAACAUUAAAAACUUGCUCUAAUUGCAUGUGGCAUGCUAAGAAUAAUACUAACACAAUAAAAAAAACCAGUUAAUAUAACAUUUAACCAUUUUUCCUAGAGCUAAUAAAAUAUUGGUAGAAGACCAGGAUCAGAAUCUUUAAAUAACCAGGAAAAAUCCCAGUAGUCUAGAAUUUGAAUGUUUAAAGAUAUUUGCUGUAUCAAAUUGACUUCUUUAAAUAAAAUAUAUUGGGGUUUUAAUCUAAGAAGAAGUAUCAUCUCCUCCCAGCUGUAACUAAUUGUUCAACCUAAUAAAUUAUCUAUCGAUAUAUAUCAUAUAUUAAUUGUAAAACUAAUAUAUUAACUAAACCUUGUAUCGUUUCAGGAGUAAGAAAGUAUUGUGGCACGUUAGUUUAGCAUCAAAUCAUAUACCUUAACCAGGUUCAAUUUAUGUCUUUAUGAUUUUUGGCAAUACAUUUAUUAAUUUUCUUACCCGAAAUUCAGCUUUUUAUUUUUAUGAUGCAUGCUUGCUAAACAUAUUCAAUAUCAAAUGGCCUGUUUUUUGUAAAUAGAAUUUAUUCGAAAAACAAACUGAAAUAUCAAAACCAAAUGUGUAAUAUUACUUUUUUUUUUAUCAUUAUGCUAUCAUUGUGUUAGCUAUUAUAUAAAAUAAAUCAUUCAUAGCAAAACAUAAAUCAUGAGCUUCAAGCUAUUGCACAUUUAUGCAUUGGUUGAAAAGAAAAAGGCAAGCGUUUGUCUUUUGGUCAUUAAAAUUAAAAUAAAGAAAUGUUUUCUGAACAGAGAUUUAAAGUUUAUGAACUGCUAAUGUUAAAGGCAUCUAGAAUAUACAUGUGCUAUAUAAAGUUGUUCCGUAAUGCACUUUCAUCAUGAUUUAUCAUCUGCAAUGUAUGCAUUUUCAUCAUGAUUUAUCUGCAAUAUCACACUUGGUGCCAGCAGACAUAUAAAGUCUAGAUGCCUUUGUAUCAUAUUGUAUAGUUGUUGUAUCUGUAAUGUCACCUAUAUUCACCUAAUACGUAUCUUAACUUUGUCAGAGUUCUUAAAUGGUGUUAAAUCAAUGUUGACCAGUUAAAACUUUUCAGAAUAUAAUUAUUAACAUAAAAGAUAUUUCUGUGUAGUAUAAUAUUACAAGUGCUUUAUUAAACUGUUUUAGAGACGCUGUGAACUGUUCUAACUUUAAAUAAGGUCUUUGUCAGAAAAUUUUGUCAUUUAAAGAUUUUUAAAAUGUAUAUUUAAAGUAAUAAUAGCAACAUUUAAGGCGUUGAAAGUCAAUUAUAAUCAGUGGAUAUGAAUAUUUUCAGCUUUUAAAUGUUGUAUCGGCUUGCUGGAAUUGAAUGUGUUUUUAUGAUCGUGGUUGUGAUUGUUAAAUCUGAAUAGUCAAGAAAAAAAAUGAUCUCUUGUUUUUCCUGUUGUGUAAAUUUGACUGGGCUUUAGUUGGAAACUUUUACCAUAGUAAUAAUCUUAUAAAUUUCACAAGAGGGGGGUUGCAUUAAUGUAUAUUUUAUUUGGAUGUUGUUUAAUUUUCUUCACAUAGGACAAUUAUGAAAUUAUGUCAUCGCCCCUGUCCUUGCGUCCAUAAUUUGUUUGUAGACACUCUACAGGUCACAAUUUUUAUCCAAUUUUGACGAAACUUGAAAUAUAGGUCUUUCUCCCAAAGAUCUUGGUUCCUUUCGAUAUUGGCAAGUAUCAGAUCGUAACUUCAUGGAUUAUGGCCCCUGAUUGUUUGAAAAAUCAUAUUUUUAGCUUGUGGACACUCUAGAAGUCACAAAUUUGAUCUGAUUUCGAUAUUUGUGCAUAUCGGAUUGUAACUUCCUGAAUUAUGGCUCCUGUUUGUACGAACAAUCACAUUUUUAGCUUGUGGUCCCUCUAGAGGUCACAAUUAUUAUCCGAUCAUGGUACACCAUAAAGUCGGUUGAAUUUGAAUUACGGAAAAAUCAGACGAAAACUGACGGACAAAAUGGCCGCCCCUCAUACGCAAAUAUGUGUGAUUGUACGAAAAAUCCCGUUUUUAGCUUGUUGACCCUUUAGAAAUUACAAUUUUUAUCUGAUUUUAAAAAAUGUUUAAAUGUAUCACCGUUACUUCCUAGUUACUUCCCAAUGAUGGUCGAGUUCUAAUUUCGUGAAAAUCAGACCGAAACUGCCUGACAAAAUGACCAUUCCUUGUACGCAAAUAGUGUAAAAGUAUGUAAUACCAAGGUUGUGAACCCACUAUUUUGAUGAAACUUAAAAUAUCUCAGUAGCUUUCAAUAUCUGUGCAUUUCAGACCAUACGUUCCUGGAUUAUGGCACCUGAUUUUACAAAAAAUCGCUUUCUUUUUUUUAUUGAUUUAGCUUAUUCUCAAUCCAUCUUUUGCAAAAUGUGGGCGUAUCUUGCCUGGCAACCGCUGGUUAUAAAAACAUAUCGGGUUUAAAGGGAUAACAACAUCUCCUUGAUUUGUGUAAAAGGCAAUGAUACAACAAUAGCCUCUCAAAGAUUCUACUUAAUUUUCUCAGAAUGUAGGAGGAGUCAGACAGAUUAUUCGCAAAAAAAACCCAAAACUUAUCAUUUGGCAAGAUUUCAACAGUGGUUGAUUAUACAGACAUAGAAAUAUACCUUUUUUUUUCAGAAAAGUGGGGCCUUAAGAUAAUGUAUCUUGCUUGAUUGUAUGUUCAAAUUCCUGCAAAGACUAAAAAACAAUACCAGCCAGCAAAGUUUUGCUGCCAAGCAUAGGGGGUACCCUGUUAGAAAUCCAGCUCUAUUUUCAAUUGUCCAAGGAACACAUUUGAAGGAACUAAACCUUUAACUCUAUAUUUUCCAUAAUAUUUGAAAUUAUAAACACCAAUUAGAAUUUAAUAUUGGUCCAUUUCAAUCAAUAUUGAUUUUGUUAUGUUGCCGUGAAAAUGUGGGAUCCUAAUACUCAGUAUUUAAGACACAAUGAACAUUUAAAAUCAGUACAUAGAAAAACAUAUACAUUAUAUUGCAGGAGUAAUUAGUAAUGGCUUAUUCACAAACGAUAAAAUAAUAAUAAAACGAUAAAAUAAUAAUAAAACGAUAAAAUAAUAAUAAAACGUGUAGAAUGGACUAAUUAGACAUAAACGAUUGUUGUUUAAUUUGGACUGUUCGCAUAUUUCACUGAACAUAAUUGAUUAGAAAUUACAAUAUUUUAAAAAUUGAAUAUAAAUUACUUUAUGUACACUCAUAUUACAUUAAUAUGUGAUUUAAGACCUAUUUAUGGUUCCAAAGAAGAGAGUCCUUUAAGUGUUAAUUUGAUGUCAGACAUGGUUUAAAAGUAAAUAUAUACAUGUACUGUGAGUGUAAUUAUUGCCAGUGCUAUCAUUUGCUUAGCUUACACCAGGAGCAUUUUACUAGAACACCCAUUUGUCAUUCAGCAUGUGUCAGUUGUCAAACCUUGUACUUGUGUAACUACCAAGAUUUUUUUUAAAAAAAAAAUGUGACAAAAAUUUGGUUAAUUGUUGUUUUAAUUCAUUAUUUUAUUGAUUUAGCUGAAAAUACUUUUUGUUAAAAAGAGUUUUGGUGUGCUGCAAAAUUUGUAAUUGCAAAUUAAAAGAAAAGUUAUAAAAGAGGUUUGUGGCCUGAAACAAAGUUUACUGAUGCCAAAUGUUUAUUUGCAAAUUCAGCAACUGACUUCAACCCUGGUAGUGUCGACCCAUUCACAAAAGAUACUGAUGUCCUAAAAUCAUGUUUACGAAUUGAUAUUUAUAGUGGAUAGAUGGUUAUCGUGCUAUUUACCAAUAUUAUUUUAUUUAUGUUAAUAUGUUUCUCAAGGUUUUGUUAUUUAUAUUUUAAAUGUAAUAUUAUGUUAGAACAAUAUUUCAGCUUAGCCCAAUGUGUGAGGUAUAUAUUAUAAUAUGUUCAAAUGUACAUACUUAUUAUUGCUUACGUACAAAAUAUUUGUACUUUGUAUUUAUUUUACAAGAUAAUUUUUGAUGAUGUAUUAUUUCUUAUUUGUAUAGCUCAGCUUUUAAAGUAAAAUGUGAUUAAAUUCAUUGAAUAUUAAAGAUUUUGGAA